UUGCCCUGCUGAAGGAGGAGAUUGGCGAGCAAGUCAUUGCCUUCCACUGCAUGGCUCACAGGUUGGAGUUAGCUAUGCUGAAUGUCCAGAGGAAGGAGCCCAUGGUUGCAAAAGUGUUUGACCUCCUCUGUCUUAUCUGGAAUACCAAUCGUUACAGCCCAAAAUCACAGAGGGAGCUGCAGGAAGUAGGCAAAAUGCUGGGGUUGAACAUUAGCAACCCUUCCAGUGUCAAAGGGACACAGUGGGUUCCACAUGUUGAGCGAAAUCCCCAGCCCAGCAUGCUGCAGCACUGCAGCACAUGAGCCACUUGGCUGCAAUCUCUCCCUCUGCUGACAUUAAAGGAAGGGCACAAAAGUGGUGGACGCCAGCUUGACCAAGUGCAACAGGAAUGGCAGCAGAUGAAGGCCCUUGUCAGGACCACCUUGGCAGAUAAGUGUUAUUUAGGACUGUGGCAGACACACUCAAGCAGCUUUGUCGCUCAGGAGCAGAUGUGCCGUCUGGUGGCCCAGGUCGCUCCUCUGCAGUCUGACAUCAGCACACAGAUUCUGACAGCUGCUCUCUGGCCGUUUGAACCGUGAAACAGACGGAGAGGCAGACGAGCAGCGCAGCCUCACUCCCCCCCUCCUUCCUGCUUCUUAGUAACAAUCACCUGACCUGCAGGAGUUCAGUGAAGCACACACAGAUCAGAGUGGUGUGAGUUUCAGUCCUCCACCUGCAGCUCAAGCCUCAUGGCUCUCACCUUUAACACGUCCACAGAGCAGAAAAGACUCACUCAGACUCCUCUGCUGAAGAUCUGGGUGCCCUGGAUAGGAUGCAACUUGAACCGCAGGAGAGGAUCGUCAGUGCCUCAGUUCUGUAACUCUCCCACAAUAAUUGUGAUGGUAGGGUUGCCGGCCAGAGGGAAGACGUACAUCUCCAAGAAGCUUACUCGCUACCUGAACUGGAUUGGGGUGCCCACAAAAAUGUUUAACGUGGGCCAGUACCGCAGGGAGGCUGUCAAGAUCUACAAGAACUUCGAGUUCUUCAAGCCUGAUAAUGAGGAGGCCAUGAAGAUCCGCAAGGCCUGUGCUGCUGCUGCAUUGAAGGAUGUCGCUGCUUACUUUGCAAAGGAAAAAGGACAAGUAGCUGUUUUUGAUGCCACAAACACCACCAGAGAGAGGAGGGCAAUCAUUAUCAGUUUAGCUAAGGAAAGGGGCUACAAAGUUUUCUUUGUGGAGUCAAUCUGUGAUGACCCAGAAAUCAUUGCAGAGAACAUAAAGCAAGUGAAAUUUGGAAGUCCAGAUUACGUGGAUCGUGACAUAGAUGAGGCCAAUGAAGACUUCCUGAAGCGUAUUGAGUGUUACAGAGCCAGCUACAUGCCUAUAGACGAUGAGAGGGACAGGAAGCUGUCCUACAUAAAGAUCUUUGACGUGGGCAGUAGAUACCUGGUGAACCGGGUCCAGGACCACAUCCAGAGCAGGAUCGUCUACUACCUCAUGAACAUCCAUGUCACACCCAGAUCCAUCUACCUGAGCCGCCACGGAGAGAGUGAACUCAACCUGUUAGGUCGAAUCGGGGGAGAUUCAGGCCUCUCACCCAGAGGACAGAAAUAUGCAAGUGCCUUGGCCACAUUCAUCAGAAGUCAGAGAAUCAGCGACCUGAAGGUGUGGACGAGUCACAUGAAGAGGACCAUCCAGACUGGAGAGGCUCUGGGAGUCCAGUAUGAGCAGUGGAAGGCCCUCAAUGAAAUAGAUGCUGGUGUAUGUGAGGAGCUCACCUAUGAGGAGAUUCAGGAGAAUUUCCCAGAAGAGUUUGCUCUCAGAGACCAGGACAAGUACCGAUAUCGUUACCCCAAGGGUGAGUCUUAUGAGGACCUGGUCCAUCGUCUGGAGCCGGUGAUCAUGGAGCUGGAGAGGCAGGAAAACGUCCUGGUUAUCUGCCACCAAGCUGUGAUGCGCUGCCUACUGGCCUACUUUCUAGACAAACCUGCAGAUGAGCUGCCUUAUCUCAGAUGCCCCCUCCACACGGUGCUCAAACUCACACCGAUAGCUUACGGCUGUAAAGUCGAGUCAUUUUUCCUCAACAUCGAAGCCGUCAACACGCACAGAGAGAGGCCAGUGAAUGUCGACAUCAACAGAAACCCAGAGGAAGCGCUGCAGACCGUUCCUGAUCACAUAUAAACACUGUUUUGGAGGAAAAGACUGCAUCAUGUCAAACUGGAUGUGCUGCUACAUAUUAGCUCCACUAAAUAUUAGAGAUACACUCCAGUAAAAGAUGGAAAGGGUUAAAAGAGAGGACAGGAGGGCUUUAAGGCUGGGGAAUCCAGCCUUUUCAAUAAAGAAGAACAUGUCCUCCCCCACAGUGACUGAAGAGUACAAAACAGGACAUUCUGUUUUUAUCAUGCCUGUCUGAUGUUCCCAUGUGUGAUCUCACUAGUUUGUUUUUUCAGCAUUUAAGAGUGUCAGAUGUUUACAAUAAAAUAAAUAAUUGCACUCACCUUAAGAGGAAGAUUUUAUAUAAAUAUGUAGGGAUGUUGUCUCUGUAACUUUGACCUGCAUGAUCAUUUAAGUCGUGUACAGGAGACAAAUGUGUUGUUAAUCAUCUAAUUAUAAAGGUAUUAAUCAGCACCAUGGACAGCGCCCAAACAAAUAAAACUUUUUGUUGUAAAAGUAGACUGAAACCUUGUAAUAAAGAGAAACUUGGUGUGUUUGAAUAAAAUGUAAAUAAAGUGAUCCCUCCAGAAUAUUACUGU